UGUCGUUCACAUCAAAUAAAAAUACUUAAGAUUACAAAAAAAACAGUUUAUUCUAAAAGUGAAUCCACAGCACUGGAAACUUUAAUCUGAGAUUAAUAAACACAGCAGCAGGGUUAGAGUGAGUGAGUGAAUGUUUAUUUGUUCCUCUCUUCAUUAUCCCACUUUUAAUCUCCACUGAUUUAAUUUAAUUCAGACAGAAAUCCGACAAACACGCUGGGAUUAAUGUGCAGGUCAAGGUCAAAGGUCACACACAUCAGCAGAGUGAGUGUAAAAAAACCAACUCUUCUAUUAUCGAUCAAAUUUCAAGAAGGCGUUCAUGUUCAUCAGGUUAAAUAUGUUUAUAAUUUAUUUAAUAUUCAUCCGUUCAUAAUCUAAUCUUUUAACUAGAAAAUGUAAAUAUUGUUAAACUGUCAUAUUUUAUUUAAAUAAAAGUCUGUUUUUAACCUCUACAAAAGCAAAGUAUUAUUCACAGGAAAUAUGAAAAGAACUGAGUUGAGAAAUUAAUGUUUUUUAUUAUUGAACAGGAAGUGAAUGACUUUAAUACUUGUGAGGAUUAAAAGAUCCAGACAAAAACAGCAGUUGACAGUUAGUCCCCGCCCACACUGAGCUGCAGCUCCACCUCCAUUCUGCUGAGGAUUUAAUCAUGUACUCUGAAAAAACUUGACAAACAUUAAAGCGAAACUCAAACAGACACACAAACGCACGUGUGCGUGUGUGCGUGUGCAGGGUUCAGAUUUCAUCGUCAGUCAAUGAUGUUUUCUCACCUUCGAGCUCGGAGCAGAAGUUUGUUUGUCAGCAGAACUGAAGCUGGACCUGGUCCUGGUCCUGAAGAUCUGGACCUGCUGGACUUUAAACCAUGGAGCUCCACACAGGAGAUGAGCAGAGACAUCUACGAUCUUUACGCAGAGUACGAGGACGAGGACGAGGAGACGCUUCCCAAGUCUCCGUCCGACGCGUUGUUGUCUCCGAACAAACACGGCGUCCUCAACCUCAACGUCGGAGGAACGUUGUACUUCCUGCCCCACAAAUUAGCUGCCCGGUAUCCGACAACACGCAUCGGACGCUUGGCCGCGUUCACCGAUCACGACAUGAAGCUGCGACUUUGUGACGACUUCAUCGUCAACAGGAACGAGUUCUUCUUCGAUCGCGAUCCCAAAGUUUUCCACAACAUCUUCAGCUUCUACCGAACCGGAGUUCUGUGGAUCAAAGACGAGCUGUGUCCUCGUAGUUUCCUGGAGGAGAUAAAUUACUGGGGCGUACGAAUGAGAAACAGUGAGCGCUGCUGUCGCGUCGCCUUUGAAGAAAGACACGACGAGCUGAACGACGAGCUGAACAUACAGAAGCAGCUGACGGCCGAGGUGGAGCUGGAGGAGAACGAGGAGUUAUUUGACGACAUGUUUUUGGGAGCGAUGAGGAGGAGAAUCUGGCUCCUGAUGGAGAAACCGUUCUCCUCAGUCACCGCCAAACUGAUGGGCGUGGCCUCGUCUGUGUUUGUACUGGUUUCGCUGGUUGCAAUGACGCUCAACACCGUGGACGAAAUGCAGUAUAAAACGGCGUCCGGUCGUCCCAGAUUCUACGGCGAGCACGUGGAAACUUCCUGCAUCACCUUCUUCACCCUGGAGUAUCUGCUGCGUCUGACGUCCACGCCCGACCUCAGGACCUUUGGAUGUAGCGUCCUUAACACGGUGGACCUGAUCACCAUCCUGCCACAUUACCUGCAGAUGGCGCUGGAAUGUUUUGAGGAUGAAGACGUUCAUCCGCACGCGGGAGACCUGACGACUGUGGGACGUGUUGGGAAGGUGGGUCAGGUUCUGAGGAUCAUGCGUCUCAUGAGGAUCUUCAGGGUUCUGAAGCUGGCGCGUCACUCAACGGGACUGCGAGCGUUCGGAUUCACACUGAGACAAUGUUACCAGCAGGUUGGCUGUUUGCUCCUCUUCAUCGUCAUGGGGAUCUUCAUGUUCUCAGCGAUGGUUUACUCGGCAGAACACGAUGUGUCCAACACAAAGUUCACGUCCAUGCCUCACGCCUGGUGGUGGGCGACUGUUAGCAUCUCCACCGUGGGCUACGGUGACAUUUUCCCACAAACCAACCUCGGCCGCGUCUUCGCGUUCGCCUGCAUCUCGUUCGGCGUGAUCCUGAACGGAAUGCCCAUCUCCGUCCUCUACAACAAGUUCUCCGACUUCUACACCAAGCUCAAGUCGCAGGAAAGCGCCGCCGUCACCAAAGCGCGCGGGAAACUGCGCUUAGCAAGGAGAGCGGCGAGGAAGUUUGCAGAGGUCGCGCAGCAGAAGACGUAAAUUCGGGUUCAAACUGAGAAGAACGUGUUAUUUUGACUUUAAAGAUUAGCUUUGGCUGAUGCUAAUGCUGCGUUUGGAAGUAAGGUCAGAGGUCAAAACUGGGAGUGGCCUGAGCGUUGACUGCAUUGACUAGACAUGGUGAGGUGAACAGGAACGAGGACCAAACAAACCUCCUUUCAGGUCACAGUGUAUCUUUAUGCAGAUGAUACAAAUAUUUAUCUUUAGUUUUUAUCCUUCAGAUCAUUUUAAGAAUCUGCAGCUUCUGUUUUUAAACUUUAUUAAAUGUUUAUCCUUGAACAACA